AUGGCGACAGACAUUGUUUCACAGUUGGCUGACUCCUUGGCCAAAACAGGGGUUGAGGAAGGGGAGCUGAGUUACAAAGGACAAGCAAGAAAGCUUGAUGAUUUCCAAUCAGUUGAAGAAAUUGUAAAGGAAAUUGAAGACUUUGAAGGGCUCCAAGCGCUGCGAUUAGAGGGAAACACUGUUGGUGUGGAAGCAGCAAAAGCUAUUGCCAAAGCCCUCGAGACAAAGAGCCAGUUAAAGCGCUGUUACUGGAGUGACAUGUUUACUGGUCGCCUCCGUUCUGAGAUCCCACCUGCUCUGAAUUCACUAGGUGAUGCGCUGAUGCUGGCCGGUGCCAAGCUGACUGUUCUAGAUCUUAGUGACAAUGCCUUCGGACCAGACGGGGUGAAGGGCAUCGAGCGAUUGCUGAAAAGCUCUUCCUGCUACACUCUACAAGAACUUCGGCUCAACAACUGUGGCAUGGGCAUUGGAGGGGGGAAGAUCUUGGCUGCUUCACUGAUCGAGUGCCACAAGAAGUCUAUUGUAAAAGGCGCUGCUCUCAGCCUUAAAGUGUUUGUCGCCGGGAGGAAUCGUCUGGAGAACGACGGAGCAACCGCUCUCGCUCAAGCGUUCCAGUUAAUAGGCAGCCUGGAGGAGAUUCAUAUGCCCCAGAACGGUAUCAAUUACCCAGGCGUAGCAGCCCUGGCAACGGCAGUACAGCAUAAUCCAAACCUGCGCACUCUCAACCUAAAUGACAACACCUUCACUCAUGUGGGUGCCACUGCCAUGGCUAAGGCUUUAAAACAUUUACAAAGCAUCCAGGUGAUCAACUUUGGCGACUGUUUGGUACGUCCAGCUGGAGCCACAGCUAUUGCUAAGACGGUUUCAGAAGGACUACCGAUCUUGAAGGAACUUAACCUCUCUUUUGGAGAGAUUACGGAAGAAGCUGCACUGGCUGUGGCCCAAGCAGUCAAGAACAAGAAGCAGCUAGAAAAACUGGAUUUAAAUGGUAACUACCUUGGAGAGGAUGGCUGCAAAGCCCUGAAAGACUACAUGGAAGGCAUAAACAUGGCUGAGCUUCUGGCUUCUCUUAGUGAUGAUGAGGGAGAACCAGAAGAUGAGGAUGACGAGGAGGACGACGAUGACGAGGAGGAGGAGGAAGAGGAUGACGAUGACGAUUAUGAGGAUUUGGAUGAAGAAGAGGUAGAGGAGGAAGAAGAGGAAGAGGAUGAGGAUGAGGGAGAAGAGGAGCAAGACCAAAACACUGGCAAACUUUCCACACCACCAUCAGCACCGCGACCAUCAGAUGUCUCGUCCUUUCUCAGCUUCCCAUCUCCAGAUAAACUACUUAAGCUCGGGGCCAAAAGAGCAACACUGAUUGAGCAGCAGGUGGAUGUAACCGAUGCAAGGAAAACAGCUGAGGCUUUUCUCAAAAUUGCAUCUGUGUACAAAGAGGACAAUAAUGAAGUUAAGAAUGCAGUUUUGGAAAGUGUCGAUGCUCUGCUGAGGAAAGUCUUUUCUUCUUCCCUCCAAGGCUAUGAUUUUGUGUCCACUUUGCUAGUCUUGCUGGGACUUAUUAAGAGUGAGGACAAGGUGAAGCCUGUGCUGGUCGUAGCUGGUCACCUGCAGGCCUUAGAGCAUGCUGUCCGUCAGGACUACUUCCCCAAAGAGAGCGUGGCUGUGUUGGAGGCCUUCAUGUCCCGUCACUUAAAUAUUUUGGAGUCCUGUGGGUCCUCUCGACACAAGCUUCAAUCCACCUUGCAGAGGACCCGUGCUGAAAGCUGA